CGCCCAACACAGCCCAUCCCCCUCCUCCUCCCCCCAGCAGGCCAGAACCGCCAGGCGAGCUCCCGACACCACCCCCCCUCUCUCCGCGCCUGGCGGCGGCUGCUCGGGGCGGUUAGAACCGCGACCCGGACGCCUGCCACAGCUGCGCAGGCGCCGUGGGGGACCGCCACCACCCCAACCACCGCACACCCUGCCUCCCUGGGCACCUCCCGGCGGGGGUCCAGGAGUCCCGAGGCUCUGCGCUCCGGGGCUGCGACGGUGGCGGCGGCGGCGGGAAGAUUGGCUAUUACGUUUUGGAAUGGUGUCCACAAUGAAGUUAGUAUUGACACUUCUAUUUUCUGGAAUUAUAACUAAUUGUAGAGGUAAUUCUACAUAUAAUUUGAUGCCCAGGUUACUCUUAGUAUCCUUUGAUGGCUUCAGGGCUGACUAUCUAAAGAAGUAUGAACUUCCUCAUCUUCGUAAUUUUAUUGAAGAAGGUGUUUUGGUGGAACAUGUUAAGAACGUUUUUAUCACAAAAACAUUUCCAAAUCACUACAGCAUAGUGACAGGCCUGUAUGAAGAAAACCAUGGCAUUGUGGCUAACUCAAUGUUUGAUGCAGACACACAGAAAAUUUUUUCAGAAUCUAAAGACAAAGAUCCUUUUUGGUGGAAUGAAGCAACCCCCAUUUGGGUAACCAAUCAGCUUGAGGAAAACAAAACAAGUGCUGCUGCAAUGUGGCCUGGUACUGAUGUGGCUAUCCACAAUACAACUCCUGCCUAUUUUAUGAAUUAUAAUCCUUCAGUAACAUUUGAUGAGAGAUUAGGCAAUAUUACUAAAUGGCUGAACAGCUCAGAUCCUCUGGUUACCUUUGCAACACUCUAUUGGGAAGAACCAGAUGCAAGUGGACACAAAUAUGGACCUGAGGAUAAAGAGAAAAUGAGUGCUGUAUUGAAAGAAGUAGAUAACCACAUUGGCUGCCUUGUCAGUAAACUUAAGACAUUGGGAUUGUGGGAAGACCUUAAUGUCAUCAUUACAAGUGAUCAUGGGAUGACACAGUGUUCUAAGGAUAAAUUGAUAAAAUUGGAUCCCUGCAUCGAUCGCUCAAACUACAGUAUAGUAGACACAACUCCUGUUGCUGCAAUAUUGCCUAAAGAAAAUCAAACAGAUGUUUUUAAAAAGCUAGAAAAAUGCAAUCCUCACAUGAAAGUCUAUCUUAAAGAUGAUAUUCCAGGAAGAUUUCAUUACCAGCACAAUGGACGAAUUCAGCCAAUUCUUUUGGUUGCUGAUGAAGGCUGGACAAUUAUGUUUGAUGAAUCAUUUAAAUUAGGUGACCAUGGUUAUGAUAAUGCUUUGCCAAGCAUGCAUCCAUUCCUGGCUGCCCAUGGCCCUGCCUUUCACAAAGGCUACAAGCACAACACAAUUAACAUUGUAGAUAUUUAUCCUAUGAUGUGUCACAUCUUGGGAUUAAAACCACAUCCAAACAAUGGAACCUUUAGUAACACUAAAUGUUUAUUAGCUGAUCAGUGGUGCAUAAAGCUCCCAGAAGCUAUCGGAAUAGUGAUUGGUGCCCUUCUCGUGUUAACUACUUUGACCUGCCUCAUCAUUAUCAUGAAAAACAAACUGUCUGUUCCACGUCCAUUUUCCCGACUUCAACUACAAGAAGAAGAUGAUGAUGAUCCUUUGAUUGGAUAGCCUGUGCAAAGUUUUGACUUUGUGUCUUGAAGCAGUCAUUUGAAUUAGUCAUCAGAGUUAGUCAUCAAAUUUAGGAGAAUUAUGCUGGAUGGUAUAUCAGCAAAAAAGGUACACUUUCAAAGAAUUACAAAAGAUUUAGACCAAACAUGUUAACAGUUGUUUUACUAUAUAUCUUUCGGUGUGUUAGCAAAUAUAAACUAUUCUGACUGAACAUAGAUAAAUUCACUAUACAAGCCAAAAAGUGAUCUCUUUUGCUAACUAGAAAAAUCUGUUAUGCAGAAUUAUUUAUUCCACUUUUUUUUGCAACCUGUUGCACUUUCAAAUACUAAAUCUCAGUAAAUAUCUAGAUCUCUAGUGAAUUUUUAUAUUUGUAAAUGAAACAAAAUUCUUCAUGCAAUUCUUGCACAUUCAUGUAUCAGGGAGAAAAGAGUUUCUAUAUUUUUGUAUUAAUCUUUAAUAAGACCUUUCCCCUCAAGUAGUAUAUACAUAUGGUGAACUGUUUUCUGUGACCUAGAGUUAGGAAAUAGGAAAGCAGAGAUCCAGUUUAAAAGCAGUCGUUCUUAGGAAUUCUAAUCUGAGUUAAAUUUUUCCUAACCAGUGUGUAUUAGUUACCAUUGUUGGAGAAGUAUUUAUUUUAUGAUUUUAAUCUGCUGAGGUCUUACACAUACUCUUUGAAGAAUUAUACUUAAUUAGAAAUGUGGGGGGGAAGUAUGAUAAGUGUGACAAUAUAUAUUUUAUUAAUGCCUUUUCUGCAAGAUUAACAAUGUACUUAGUGUCUAUGUGGCACCUGGCAUUUUUUUCCCCUAAAGAAAGAACCAGACAACUUAAUGCUAAAGUCCAUAGGUUUUCAAAUGACCAUGUGGGCUUUAAGUUUUUAGGAAUAUUUUCUUUUUUGCACUUAAACUUAGUCCAUCCUCUCUUUGUAACUCAUAAAUUAAAACUAUACUUAAAAAUCACUGGUUUGGUUACCAUUGCUAACUUUCUUAUGUUACUUAUUUUAACAUCUGAUAUCCCAUUACUGGGUAAUAUAUGAAUAUCGGGUCUAAGAAGUUCUCUCUCUCCUUUGAACACCACAGAUUUUUAACACUCUUGGUAGUUCAACUUUCCAGGCAUUUGGAUAGUUCAAAGAACUAGGAGUGAGAUUUAGGACCUUUUAGUCUUAUUUACGUGUCAUCUUUGAAGAAUAAACAAUAUUUACACUGUGAUGAUAUUCAGUAUAUCAAAUAACUUUGUUGACUUUAUUUUCAGUUUAUCAUGGAGACAUUGCUUCUCUCAUAUUUUGAUUAGCUUAAAGCCUAAGAUUUAUUGUGAAGGAGUGCCUUUUUCCAUCCAAAGGAGGCACUUCCUGAUGUUCCUUGAGAAUUUAAGAUUUUUAUAAGGUAGUUAACACAUACUUAGUCACUAGUUAGUAGAAAAUGUUAUCGCUGUAAUCAUAGAGAAAUACCUGAGACAAAUGGUUAAUAGCAGUUGCAAUCUUUAAAAAGUCAGUAGUGUUAAAUAUUGAAUAGCUAAACUUGUGAAAGUCAAUAUUGGAUGACACUGCAAAUAUUUUGUUUUCUAAACAUAUCAACUUUUUAUUAUUUGUGAUGAUGGAAAUAACAGUAUUGUUAUGAAUUAUCAAACUGAGCAGUGUUGUAAACUCUGGACCCAUUCCCGGUAGUGUAGUUCUUUGAUUAAUUAGGUCAUUUGGCCUUGAGAACAAAUUCCCAGACCACAUCUGCAGAAAUAACUUGUGUGACUAAUGUAUAUGCCGGUUAGAGGGAAUAUUAACUAUUGAGGGUGCAUAAACAAAGAUUAUUUUGCCUUUUUGACAAAUAUUUGUAUCCCAUUUUCCUCUAAUUAUAGGGCCAGGAAGAAUAGGUAACAUAAAAAGAGUAUUAGUUUAUUUUUAUGAAUUAGUGUAAGCAUUCAGACGAAAAACUUACUUGUAGAACAAAAUUAACCCAGGAGAACUAAAUUGAAAAAUGUUUUCAGAACUUUAAAAUUUGGGGCAUUUGACUGUCUGGAGUGAGUGCCCUUAAAAUAAAGUGAAUCAGUAGGUUAAUCCUUAUAAAGUCUUUGUGACUCCUUUAUGAAUGAAAAUCUCAACUUUGUAAAUGUAACAUUUGCUUUGUUAAUGAAUUAUUUUCAAACAAGAAUAUGCAUUUAUCUAGUAAAUCCCCCAACAUGAUUAGAUUCUUUUUUGUUUUUGACAGUUAAUGUAUGUCUUUCUAGGGGCAAAGAAGAACAGCACUAGGGAUGAAAAGUUGUUUAUUAUUAAAUUAUACUUUGAGUUCAUUUACAAUAUGAAUACUUUAGUCUGCCACUCUAGAAAAUAAACCAGGAGCUGCACUGGUGAUAAAUAUCUAGUAAAAUUAACCUUCAAAUAAAACUGCUAUAACAUUUUGGUAAGCAUUUCAAAUGCUUGAUUAGUAAGUCUGAUAUCAAUCUUUUUAUACCACUUGGAAAAUAAAAUGUAUAUUACGAGAUAACAGUUUCAACAAUGUCAGUAAGUCAAGGGUAAUAGAUUUUUGAAUGUUUCUCAAUUAAGAGUGAAACUGUUAGAUGGUGUCUUUAGUACAUAAUGGGGAUAGUUCUGCUAUUCCCAUGAACAACAAAAAAACUGAACCCAUUCAUAUGAUAUUUCCUACAGGGAUCUGCUAUGCUUGUUAUAAGAACUUGAAUAUCAAGUUCCUUAGGACACUGGAGAAUUGAAAGUGUUUUUUUCAUGGUUUCUGAAUGACCUUUUUUUUUGCCAGUAUCUGGUGAGCACUGAAGGCCUGGGAAGGGUGUGGGUAAUGGAGGGAGGUGGUGGCUGGAGAAGAUACUUGCCCCUUCUUGAUAAAGGUGGUUGUUGAAAGGAAAAGGGUGAUUUGAAAUGUUCAUCCAUUUUUCCCUCAUAAAAUGUUGUGUGUGAAUAAAGCAAAUGGGACAAAAUGAACUUUAAAAAGUGGAGUGCCUUAAGUUUUAAGUAAAAUAUUUAUAUUUUGACUUUAUCAUUUGGAUUUCUAUGGAAAGAUUUUUGCAGAUGCCUUUAAAAACACUUCACUAAUAAAAAUUAUCCUCAAA